AUGGAUAAGUUGAAGAAGUUAUUUUCAAGGGAACCAGAUGAUGAACAGGGGAUAUUAACAGACGUCGAAAACGGUUUCUCAUUAAGUUGGACUACGCGGAUCAAGGCGUUUGCUAUUUGUUUCGUAAUAGGCAUUGUGAUGUCACUAUUGGGCUCGUUGUUCUUAUGGUUCCCCGGUGCAGGUAUUACAUUGUUUGCACUGUUUUAUACACUUGGGAAUAUCUUUUCACUUGGAAGUACCAUUUUCCUUAUGGGGCCAGUAAAUCAGUUAAAGCGUAUGUUUCAGGAAACUAGGGCAUUUGCAGCGACAUUCAUGCUGGUUUGUCUGGUUCUGACAAUCAUUUUUGCGCUCCUGGGAUUCCGGCUACUGUGCUUGAUUUUCUGCAUAUUACAGUCGUUGGCAUUGACGUGGUAUUCUCUAUCUUAUAUACCGUACGCAAGGGAUGCUGUAAAACGGCUGUGUUCUUCGUGUAUUGGAUGA